GCUCGCCGGGCGAGGGGCCGACAAGAGCCAGCCUCCUCCCGCCACCGCCGCCGGGGACCUGCGCGCCCGCGUACCGCCGCCGAGGAGCAGAGACAGGGCGGCCCCAUGCCUGCGCACUUGCUGCAGGAGGAGGAGUUCUCCUCCGCUUCCAGCACCACCGUCGGCACCGUCACCUCCCGGGUGACCAGGAAUGGAGAUGCCGUCACGGAGAAGGACUUCCUCAAUCACGAGGAGCUGGCAGGAGACCGGGGCAUGAUAGACGAUAUCUUUGAUGAGACCUACCGGGAGAAAGAGGGCCCCAAGCCCCCCAUGCGAUACGUCUGGAGGAAUAUCAUCCUCAUGAGCCUGCUGCAUCUAGGGGCCGUAUUCGGGUUGAUGCUGAUACCUUCUGCAAAGAUCCAGACGCUGGCAUGGGCUGACAGCCUGGGUCCUCCAAGCCCAGCCAGAUGUUCUCAGGGCAUUGGGGCAAGGAGGAGGGAAAAGGCUGACUGUCCAUCUGAAGGAGCAGAAGAAAGUACUCACGAAGAUUUACCGCUCCCCGUUGGCCCCAGGAUAGCAUUCAAGCCUGGCUUCAUAAUGCCACUGGAGGAAGGAAGGAGUUCUUUCCAAAUGGAGGACUGCUCACAUGCAGCUCAUAGUAGAGGCUGCCAGUCAGAACAGAACCAGAGCUGGGCAUAAAAAGCAAUCUACAAAAGAAAUUAAGUGUCUUCCCUGCUGAGCUGGGUCUUGACAAGAAGAAACAACUGCUCGUUUCCUCCGACUGCAGCUGGAACCAUAG